AUGUGCGGUGACGUCUUCAUCAAGUUCAUCAAGAACUUCCACGAGAAGCUCGGCCGGCGUGACUUGCUCGACGGAAAACCCCACGUGCUCGUGCUGGAUGGUCACGCGUCGCACGUGAGCUUUGAAGUCAUCCAGUUGGCGAAGUCCCUCAACAUCCACCUCGUCCAGCUGCCCUCCCACAUGUCGCACGUCACCCUGCCCUUGGACGUCGCUGGCUUCGGCUGUUUCAAGAAGGAGGUGGCCACAGCGAUCGCGGCCUUCCCGUCGAAACACGGAGGGGCAUUGCCGCGGAAGCGGGACAAGGCCGGCUUGAUCGGGCAAGCCUGGAGCACGAGCUUUACGCCGGAAAUCAACCAAGCUUCCUUCGCCGGAGCGGGCCUGUGGCCGGUGGACAAGGAACGGGCACUCACCCUGCUGCAGCGCCCGAAGAGGAAGGCGCGGGAAGCCGACCGCCCUUCCCUGCAGGACGUCCCCAUCGUCGUGAGCAACGAACAGCUGGAGGAGCUGCUGGGCGAGCGCGGCGUCCACAAGGCCCGGGCAGAAGGCCACACCAUCCCGGGAAUUCGCGUGAGCACGGUGCUUCUCGGCCCUUACCUGCCCAACAACCGCCCCAAGAAAAAAACGCCAACGCGGGCGAAUUUGGGCAUUCCAGACGGAGGACUCCUCACUGAUGAAGAGUGGAUGGCGAGGCAAGAGGAAAAAGAACGCGAACUGCAGGCUGCCGAGGCCGCUAAGACGGUAAGGCCGUGGCGCGGGAAGAGAGACGAGUCGCGAGGAGGGCAGAGCAGGCGGCGAGGGAACGUCAACCGAACGGCGGCCGGGGGCGGGGAAGGGCGUGAGGGUCGGCAGUCCUAG